CAAGACUGUUAAUAUUUUUAUUAAUGAUUAAAUACAUAAUAUUAUUAAAUUAAAAAAAAAAACUAAAUAUUCCACCAUUUUCUGUCAUGUAACACGAAUGCCCAAUCACGCAACGCCCGCGACUUGAUGUAAAUUUGACAUUGACGUUUUGCCGCGUUUUUAACUUUCCUUAUGGGUCCAUAGAUAAAGUAAAAAAUAAUAAACAAUGUUCCACACUACGUUUACAACUUGUACAAAAUAUUUUAUUUGGUCGAGAAAUGCUCUUAUUAGACACAUUUUAUUUAAAAGAAACUGUACUUAUUAGUUUUUGUUGCAUUUUAAUAGAGUACACAUAAAUAAAGUAAAUAAUAUAUUGAUGCUUUUAUAUUUAUUCAUGCAAUAAAAAUAUGUAAAAUGGAACGCGUUGACUAGUUUGACAUUUUGACAGAGUUUUUAUCUAUGUCUAGCUCUCUGACGUUAAUCGUUAUUUACAAACUGUGUUUGUGUUUCUAUGAUUGUUUUCUUAUAUUUUUGACCACCGCUCAUUACCACGGACUGAUAACUUCUACCACUCGAUUACUUUGCUAUUAAUACUGGACUCGGAUUUGCUUUGCGUUUUGGAAUCAAUAUGAAGUGCGUCAACUGCGGAUUAGCCAUACAAAGGCUGCAGAGGCAUCUCGUUUCCUCGCUUUCUGCACGCCACCAAUCAAGACUUUCGUGUUGGUUAUCUAAUGCUCAAACCCAGUUGCCUCUGGAUGCAUUAAUUUGUCAACCAUGCUUCUUAUUAUUGGAUACUGAAGCUGGUGAACACGAGAGACUACUGGGACAUACAAUGGUUUGCGUUGGUUGUGGAAAAUCUGUCAGAAGAAUAAGACAUCAUAAUGUCAAUAUGGAGUGUCCAUUGCUGGCUGUUUUAAUAUCACAAAACACUGAUUACGUGCCCACAAGAAACAAUUAUAUUUGUCGUGUGUGUUGGAUGCGAGCGAAUAGACAGGCAGUUGUUGACUCAACACGUGAUAUGCAGGAAUUGGCUUCAGACCAACAAGAAGAAAUAGUGGUGAAGACUGAAAACGCUGACGAGUUACUAAUAGAAACGGAGGAGAGUUACCCAGAUGUAAGAGUUCAGGGAGUAGCAGACUUGAGGUACCAUGAUAAAGAGGUUCAGACCAAGCCUGACGUGGACCACAGGGGAGUGCAGGCCAACCCGAUCCGGUACAGGAGCAAGGCAGUGCAGUACAACACUGAUACGCCGCCAAAGAUCACUAUCUUGAAACUAGUCAAGAAAGAGACAGAAAAGAUGAUGCUGAGCGUGUACGAGUAUCUGUGUGAGGAGUUGGAGAUGCUGAGGCUGAUGUCUGCGGAGCAGGUGUUGGCGGCGCUCGCGCAGGUGUCGCGCCGCGCCGCGCUAGCCACUGGCGUCUCGGAGCGCGCCAUGCAGAGUGCUUUGGACAAACACAAGCGUAAGAAGAAACGGAAACAUAAGACGCGCGCACGCACUUAUAGUCACAGCACCGAUUCGACAGACGACGAGCAACCCCCUUUAGUGCGGGAGCCGGAGACCGACAGCAGUACUAGUCUCAAAGUCUCAGCACAAAGGGGUACAGAACUACCGGAUGUAGAAAUGGACUGCACGACAACUAAUGGAUCAAGGCAACAACAAAUGGACUGCAACAGAGGAAAAUCUAUGGAAGAGGGGACACUAUUGAAGGUAAUAUCUAUAAAGGAAGAAGUACAUAGCCACGAUGAGAGUACGGACGAAGCAAUCGCGGAGGAACCAGUGAUAUAUGUUAAGGUCGAACCACUUAUUGACGAUGUCGAUAUGUGAGUACCAUUUGUAUUUUAAUACAACAAACAGUCAUACAUACAUUCUACAGGAAGAAAUGACAGACAGGUCUACAGGAAGAAAUUCCAGUCUACAUGAAUAUGUGAUACCUAUGUACUUCUAUU